UGUGUGUGUGUGUGUAAUCCUGGGAAAAGCCAUGGUAACAGAGUGAUGCUGAGACUCAGAUUGUCCACUUUAAAAUGUCUAACAAAAAACAAUGAUUGCAAAGUUAAAUAAAUCAUACAACUAUGCACAAUGGGUACUUUUACAAAUUUCCACUGUUUUUUGUUUGACAUAUAUUUUUAAGUGAAAAUUCGGAGUCUCACCAUCACUCUGUUACAAUGGAAUGGCCCUCCUACUCUGCAGUCUGUGCAUUAUAAUGAAAUCUCUGGCCCCACCGGUGAUUGGCUAAAUCGGUCACAGGGGUGGAUCACGUGGGUGAGUUCUUUGGUCCUGGGGAAAAUGGGGUUUGGUGUAAAUCCAGGGUGUAUUGCUGUCAUAUAUCACACUACCUCGUAAAAACGACACUGAAGAUUCUGGCCCAACAAAUCACAGAGAAAAAAAUAUGAGUUCUUAUUAUGUGGAUGGUCUUUUUAACAAAUAUACGGCGAGCGGUUCUUUCUUCCCAAACGCAGACCUAGGUUCGUGCACUCUUGUACCCGAUGGAGAAGGACCCGCAUCUGCUCACAACGCCGCAGCCCCUGCCUUCCCACCGUCCCUGUCCGGACUUUACAACGUGAACAAUGCAAUCUACCAGAGCCACCCGAUGUUUAGCCCUGGUUAUGGCCAGGGUCCGGACAUUCGCAGUCUGCACUGCAGCUCCUUCGACCAGAGUCAUCUGUUCGGGGACAGCUGUGUCCAGCCGGUGCCCCUCACCUCGCAAGAGGACAAACACUACCGGAUGUACCCCUGGAUGAAAACAUCAGAUCCAAACCGAAAGCGUGGACGUCAGACCUACUCCCGGUACCAGACACUGGAGAUGGAGAAAGAAUUCCACUUCAACCGGUACCUGACCCGUCGGAGGCGCGUAGAGAUAGCACAAGUGCUCUGCCUGACCGAGCGCCAAAUCAAAAUCUGGUUCCAGAACCGGAGGAUGAAAUGGAAGAAAGAUCACAAGGACGAGUCCUCAAGCUCGACCCCCGGUGCCACCAGCGAGGACGUAAACGAGGAUGAUGACAGUGAUCCGGUAACCGACGGACAGUCCAAGGCCGAGGACGCCGAGGACGGAGAUUCCCAGUCCACCCGUGUGGCGUCAGAUACCCCUGCAAGAGGAGAUGGAGACAAGGAGGCGAUUAGAAACACUCCAUAA